CCGCAAAAAGGCAUAGCUCGUCAGAUGACAUGUUAAGCGAUGAGUAUGUUAUCAGUGAACAUUCAGUGCAGAAAAAGAUUACCGAAGAAACUGUCCCGUACGUUGUUCAAGUUGGAGAGCAAGAGGAAGAUUUAGAUUAUGAUUUGAAGUGUGGAAACGACGUAUCAGAAGUGACAAAUAAUAGCAACGAUAUCCAAGUCAAAAAUGAAGAAUUUGGCAAACAUGAAAACCAACCAGAAAGUGCCGUUAUCACUCAUCAGAUUAGUGAAAGCUGUAGAAAUUUAUGGAUAAGUAACUUACCGAAAUCGGUGAAGGCCGCAGACUUAAAGCAACAUUUUAGCAAGGCAGGGAAGGUAUGUUUUUUGUCAGUCAGGAUAGUUUUUCAGGUAGUAUCAGCUACUGUGGUUAUGAGCACCCGCUCACCUGGAGGCUGCUUUGGAUUUAUACAGAUGGCUUCUGCAGAAGAGGCAGCGUCUGCUGCCAGAGCUUAUGAUUUAACAGAGUUUGGAGGAUGCAUACUACGGGUUGAAGCGACAGAACGAAAAGCACCAAUUCAAUCAAACAAAGCAAACGAUCGAGUACCUGGACUAAACAAAUUAAAAACGUCUAGUGUUCCCGAUUCUCGUCGUACCGUAUCCAGACCACUGAUAUCUCGAAGUCGUUAUAUUGCGAACAGACGGCGAUUGUUGCGUCGUGCUGCCAUAAAAAGUGCUAUUUUGAGUGAACAACGAAGAAGGUCUGAAUAUUUGGCCGCUAGUAAUCGUUUAAAUUCCACUAAGAAAGCUCCAAUCAAAAGACCUUUACGCCAGUUUACUAGACCGAAUUACAGGAUGUCAAAGGAUAAUUUGGUGAGUAUGCCACAACAUGAUAUUAUUUUCGGAGCUAUCGGUGUUGUAGUUGCAUUUUGGACUUGUACUAUUGUACUGUGCAGUAUAUAGCAUGGAGUCAUGGUUUGUUAAUUAUUAGGAUGUCAGUUUCAUGAAGUUGGCUAUUGUGUGAAUUCGCAACUAGAUUUGCAUUGGAAAUGGAACCUUUCCAGAGCCAUAACACGGAGGCGCUUUAAUGGAUAGUUCACCUGUCCUUGUGAAGAACGGAACAUUGUCGCAGUAAUAAAGUACAUAUACCAAUUUAGUCCUCAUAUCGUCUUAUGUAAGUGUGAGAGUUAUAUUGGGAAAACGACGUGAUAGUCCUUGAAUUUCCAGAAAGAAUAACUGCACAUUUACUGCAAGGAUUUUGGGUUAUUAUUCAACCCUAUAUAUAAUGGAAGAAAAUUCAUCGAUUUAAAUCGAAACUUUGGAAAAGCACCGAAAACAACCAUAAGAAGUUUCUAGUCAGUAUUUCAUGAAGGAGAUUGCAAGAAUAUGAAUUAAAUAUACUCACUCUAGUUUGCCAUCUCAAAAACUUAGAAUAUUUGUGCGAUUUGCGUUCCCGAGGAAGUUUGGCUCUUGUAUCUAGACAUAAAACUAUUUCACAACGGCAAAGCUCUACGCGAAUCAACACCAAUCAAGGGAUACAAUCGCUGUCACAAAGACAACUAAAUUAUGCCAUCAGCCGAAGGUUGCGUGAAGAAAUUCCUAUUCACAAAAGUGCUAGUAUUUCGCAUCGGUCUUCUAAAUCGUUUUUGCCUAGAGUGCGCAGAAAUUCAAAUUUACAUCUAGAAGACCAUCGAAGCUAUCUUUCUUCACCCUCUUGUUUGACUUCCUUGAAUACAAUGACACCGAAGAAAACCCCGACAUUUCGCAGUAAUCGUUCUGUAGAAAGGGAUUUACGUGAACUUUAUCGCCCUGUUUUGUCAGAACGAAAGCGCUAUCCUCAGUCAUCACCUGGUCGAUCCAACGCAUCAAGUCGAUACACACGAAACACUCAAUCAUCAGUCUACACAGAGAGAAACACUGUUAAACCGGUAUAUGAUAGUCGUUCUCGUCAAAGUCAUUUGGUGACCCGUUCUGAACCACGGUAGGUCACAUCUUUAAAUUUAUUUUCAUAAAUAUUCCUCAAAUUCCGAUUGUCACUUCUGGUCUGACGUCUACUUAUACCAUGCAAUCCCUAAAACAUAAGAUCUAGCAUAUUGAUUAGCGAAACGAAAUAUGUAGGUUAUGCUCAUAAAACUUGGGUUCUCAUGUCGAAGUUACAUUUGACCUCAUAGUUUAAGGCUACACGUCGGUUGCAUUUGGUAUACACGCAAGAAAUUUUAUCUUUUAAAGGGUCUCUGUGAUAUGUAACCUAAGUUAAUGAAUAUUUUGGGUCCCGGUUUUUUCCAGCUAAUUGCGUUCAUCGUUAUUUUGACAUUCAGCAAAAAUUGAUAGAGUUCAAGUUAUCCGUUAUGUAUGUGAAAUUAAUUAUUUUGAAUUUGACUCAAAAUUUUUUCUAUUUU